AUAAAUAAAUAAAUAAAUAAUAAUUAUAUUUGGAAAUUAUUAAAAUAUCCAGAUUCAUCUUGUUCUUAUUUUGCCCAUCCCUUCCACUAUCUGAGAAUCACAAACCCUAACUAGAGUGUGUGAUUAGAGAGAAAAGGAAAGAUUACACGCAGCACUUUGAGAAGAUGAAAGGUCUCUUCAAGUCUAAACCUCGCACUCCUGCAGAUGUAGUGCGUCACACCAGAGAUCUUCUACUCUUCGUUGAUCGGAACUCUGAAUCCCGCGAAAGCAAAAGAGAAGAAAAGCAAAUGUCCGAGCUAUUUAAAAACAUCAGGGAGCUUAAGCAAAUCCUGUAUGGAAAUAGUGAUUCUGAACCAGUUGCGGAAGCUUGCGCACAGUUGACUCAGGAGUUCUUUAAGGAGGACACAUUGCGACUGUUUAUCAAAUGUCUUCCAAAAUUGAAUCUGGAGGCCAGAAAAGAUGCCACUCAAGUUGUUGCAAAUUUACAAAGGCAACAGGUUCAGUUUAAGUUGAUUGCAUCUGAUUACCUGGAGAAAAAUCUGGAUCUUAUGGAUGUCUUGAUAGUUGGCUAUGAAAACACAGAUAUGGCUUUACACUAUGGUGCAAUGCUAAGGGAGUGUAUACGACAUCAAAUUGUUGCAAAAUAUGUUCUCAACUCACCACUUAUGAAGAAAUUCUUUGACUAUAUCCAACUCCCAAAUUUUGACAUUGCUGCCGAUGCUGCGGCUACCUUUAAGGAGCUCUUGACAAGACAUAAAUCUACAGUAGCCGAAUUCCUUUCCAAGAAUUAUGAAUGGUUUUUUGCAGAAUAUAACACUAAGCUGUUGGAAUCUUCCAAUUAUAUUACAAGGCGCCAAGCUGUCAAGUUGUUGGGAGAUAUAUUACUUGACCGUUCAAAUUCAGCAGUAAUGACACGAUAUGUGAGCUCAAGAGACAACUUGAGGAUUUUAAUGAAUCUUCUAAGAGAGUCAAGCAAGAGCAUACAAAUUGAAGCAUUUCAUGUUUUCAAGUUAUUUGCUGCUAACCAACAUAAACCAGCUGAUAUCGUCAGUAUAUUUGUCGCAAACAAAAGUAAGAUGCUGAGACUAUUGGAAGACUUCAAAAUUGAUAAAGAGGAUGAACAAUUUGAAGCUGACAAAGCUCAAGUGAUGAAGGAAAUCGAAGCUCUUUAACCCAGUGAACAAUGCACCUGAAGUGCAUAUUGUUUUAAGUAGCACGUUACCAUGUGUCAUUUCACUUUAGCGAAUCGUGUAUUGUAAUAGUUAUUAGUUUUUAUCAUGAUGGGACUAUCAUUUCAUACAGACUUCGAUGCUUUCUUGCUGUAAUUUUAUUACGCCCUUUAAAAAUUGUAGAUAAAUAAAUUGCUUAACGAGCUACGUGCGGUUUAUCAUGUCUUUCCAGGUCUAUAAGUAAUAAAGGUAUUCGAGGUCAUGCAAUCUCAAAA